AUGGUCAGAACAGAAUCCGUGGAGGAGUCCGGUCGACAGCUCAAAAUGCUCGUGAUGGUGAAGGAGAUGGGAUCAACUUACGGUACAGUUGAGCCCGAAUCAUCCCGGGAAAAUACUCGCAGAAAUAAACCAGCCACAGAUAGGCCAAAUGAAGCUGAGCCCAGAACCAACCCCGAGAUAAUAAAGAUGAUUGAGGAAUUUAAAAAGCAGGUGGAAACGGGAGAAAAGAAAAUCGAUGCCAACGGGAAGAAGGUGGAGAGUUACAACUCGAGGAUGGAUCAAUUCCCCGGAGCGCCACCGAUAUUGAAAGGCUUAGACUCCAAAAGGAGAACGCUCAAUGGCCCACUCACAAUAUGUCUAAGACCAGGAGAUACCGAGUAUGUCAUGAGAGAAAUACACGAGGGCACCUACGGGAACCAUUCGAGCGCUGAGUCAUUGGUUCGGAAGAUAAUCAGAGCUGGCUAUUACUGGAUCGAUAUGGAAAAAGACACAAAGGAGUUUGUACGAAAAUGUGACGAGUAUUAG